CCGAGGGGGGGAAAUACUGGGGCCAGCCCAGUGUGAUUCCCCACAGCAGCCCUCUGGCUUUGGCCUCUUCCUUCAGCCUCCGAGUUUUGGGGCAAGUUUAAUAUGUCUUUCUGAGCUCAGUUUUCUCAACUACAAACCUGGUGUGGCUUUAUCCUUUUAGGGCUGGUUUAGGCCUAGUUUUAUUUUAAGUGUUUUGAGGUCCUCAGGCUGCUUUUAACAGCACAGUGAAUUUCUUUCCUUCUAAAAAAAAAAAAAAAAAAAAAACAACAAAAAAAAACAAACAUACCAUAGAAGCUAAAAAUAGGAGAUAAUAACUUUUAUCUAACCACAACUUUGUGCAUUGCAUAGAAAAGUCUUCCAACAGGACGUAAGGAUGAAGCGGUUCAUGGCCAUGUUAAAAAGGAAUAAGAACAAAGAUCCUCCACCUGCCAAGCUGCUGGAUCUAGCAGCGCAGCUUUGCCAGGACCUUCAGAGCUCAUCUCCUAGUCUAGAGAAGCUGGUUGGGGCUAUGAUGGGAUGCAAACACAAGAUGUAUUUUCUCACUAAUAUCCACGUUGUCCGAGCUUGCGUGUUUGUUCAUAUCCAUAAUGGGCAGCAUGACACAGCCUGCAGACUCCUGGAGUAUUGCAAGGCAGAAGAGAAGGAGCAGCUGGUGCAACUUUGGCAUGAGAUUCACUACCGAAGGGUUAUGGAGAAACACCACAUGGAUUUUCUGACACCACUGCAGAAAUUCCGUUGCAGGAAGAGGAAUCCUCCACCUGCUUCCCUUUGUCCUGAUGGUUUGAAGAAUAGGAACUAUGCGUAUGAAGUACGGCAGCAACUGUACAGGUUUGCUGCAGAGGUGACAACAAAUCCAAACAAGAAACAGCGGGAGGGAUUGGCUCAGGACAUGAACCUGCAGCCAACUCAGGUCUAUAACUGGUUUGCAAAUUAUCGACGACGUCAAAAAUCCUGCCUCCCUCGUACGGAAAAGCUCAACAGCUCAUGUCCUGAGAGGGCUUUGGCUUACCACACAAUGGAGCAGCGAGAUAAAGGAUCCUACACUCCACAAAAUGCAGAUGGAUCUUGUGUAGGCAUCGGCUCUGAGCAAACGGAGAUAACCCUCAUGCCCUGUGACCCAGGGUGGGAGCAGUCAGCUGCAGAUCUGGAUAAGCCUCCUGAAGGAACAUAUUUAAAGAUGCUGGAAUCCAGCUUCACGCAGAGCAGUGAUCUGUAUGACGCAAGGACAAGCAGGGCUUUGUUGACCACUCGCAACACUGACCAACCCGUAGCUUUUUGCACUGAGGCUAUGUUGGAACCAGGAACCUGCCUUAACUCUGCUCUCCUGCAACCCAGAGCAGUAGGAAGCUGUACUGGUGCCGGUCCCUGUCAGGAUAACUUUGUCCUGUGCUCUUGUGGGUCCUUUACCUUUCCAGAUGAACAGCUGGCCAUGUGGCAGGCCCCUUGCAGCACCAGAGGAGUCUCUGGCUCCUUGUGGACCCCAAGUAUGGAAGUUCCUGUCAGACUAUGUUUGGCAAACCUCAGUGCCCACCUGUUUCUGCACCUUGCAUGGAAGAAAGCCAAGCCCUGGGACAAAGCCAGGUCCUGGAGGAUCCAGUUGGUGACCUGUUAACCAAUGACACGUUCUGGGGAGCAUGGCUGCUCUUUGAAUUCUCAGCUGGGGGACGAAUGUGACCUGCCUGCAGAGAUGCUCAAUGUGGUCUGCACUUCCCCAGGAAACACCCAAUCCUUUCCUGGAUUUUUUUUUUUUAAAUGAAUGAGGGGUUUGACAUGGAGAUGAGCAGAGAGAGUGAGGUGGAAUGAUGAAGUGUUUUUCUAAUGGUUGCAAAGUUUGGUAUAGUUACAGUUUUAUUAAGAAUUUUGCAAAGGAUAGACAAAACCAAAGGUGCAUUUUGGAUUGCAGGUUUUUACUGGAGCAGUCUGAAGCUGCACUGUAGAUGCUAAAAAUACCAAGUCACAGGUUCUGUGGCAGUUACAUAUUUCUACCCACAGCACUGGUCAGAUCUGAGUCCUUCACUUACAUCAUAAAGGUAAAUGAAGCUCCUGGACUCAAAAAGAGUAGAAUUUAGUUACACUGCUUAUCAGAAGAUAUUGAAUAACUUUUUCUCAGGCUUGAAAAAUAAGGUCUCAGCUAAGUGCUAGUAAAAUACUGCUAUUUCUCAUUUAUGUAUUUCCGUUGUACUGCUGGGUGUAAAUUCCAGUGUUCCACACUCCAUAGUGCCACAGAUGACACAGACUGGAGCAUGGCAGAAUUUUUAGUGCUAAAGUCAGUGUUCUUGCAGGACUGGGGGAGGGCAGUGUUGUUGGUAUUUAAUACUACCUGCAACUCAGAUUGGUUAGAAAAAAAGGAUGAAUGGAGGAAGUGGGAGCUGCUGAACCCUCUUGAGCCAUUUUCAGUCCCCAGAUCUGGAUAGACUGAAACUGCCAAGGCAAUUCUGUCACCCUUCAGGUGGUUUGCUGCAGUUGAGCACAUCCUAUUCAGACGAGUGCCCUGCAAGGCAGCACGAUUGGUGCAGACUCUUUCCUACACCCUGUAGUAAGUGUGGAGCUAAUACUGUAUUUGGCUGAAGGCUGCUUGCUCCACAGGGGUAAGCUGUUUCACUGCAGCUCUCCUGGGGAGCGUGUGCAACUGUUCCCUUUGCCCAGUACUUUUCUUACUUAACCCAGCCUCAAGGCCCUCUGCUACACUCCAUCUCACGCUGUUCACGAAUCAAGAGCCCAGUUUUGUUUCUUUCCCUUGGAGUAUAAAAAGCAGAAUUGUGUACCCGAGUGUUAGGACAUUAACUAGCAAAGCCAGACCCUUGGUGCAGGUUUAAAACUAAUGUUGCAAGUCGCUGGGCAGUCUUUUCGGUAUUUUCCGUAAGUAUUACUGAUAUUUUAUAAAUCUGUAUUGCAAAAGGGGCUUCGCCAAAACUCCAACCCAGAGAUACAGAAGUUUGGUGCCUCCAGUACAUUUUGUAAUGAAGUUAGCAAAUAAAGGUUAUGAAUUACUCUUUC